AUCCUGUCAUGGUUGACGGACUGCUACGAGUAGGAGGGAGAUUAAGCAAGGCUCCUAUUCUGGAUGACGAGAAACAUCCAAUGAUUCUUCCCAACGAUCACCACGUUACCAAGCUUCUAGUGGUUCAUCAUCAUCAGAAGGUUGGACACUGUAGUAUGGGUUUGACAUGGACCUCUCUCAGAGAAAGAUUUUGGAUCAACAAGGGAGGUGCUACAGUCCGUCACACCAUAGGUAACUGCUUCAAAUGCAAGAAGCGUAAUGCUUCAAGAGGUCAGCAAUUCAUGGCUGAUUUGCCGGAAGAGAGAGUUACUCCGGGAGAACCACCUUUUACGAAUACAGGGCUUGAUUACUUUGGCCCAUUCCCGACGAAGCAUGGUCGCAGUACACAGAAGAGGUAUGGAUGUAUCUUUACAUGUUUAUCUACCAGGGCAGUGCAUCUUGAGAUGGCUUAUAGCUUGGAGACUGACUCAUUCAUACAAACACUGCGUCGCUUCAUCAACCGUAGAGGUCAACCCAAGGCUAUAUUCAGUGACAAUGGCACCAAUUUCAAGGGGGGUCAGAAGGAGCUAAAGGAUGCUCUUGCAGGGCUGAAUUCCGAGAGAGUGAACCGAUACCUCACACAGAAGGGCAUUGCAUGGCACUUCAACCCGCCAGGAGCAAGCCACAUGGGAGGUGUAUGGGAGAGGAUCAUACGGUCAGUGAGGAAAAUCUUGACCAGUCUCCCACAGCAGACGCUUACAGACGAAGCGCUACUUACCCUCUUCACAGAAGUAGAGGCAAUAUUGAAUGGAAGGCCUCUUACUCACCUGAGCAUGGACUCCAGAGAUGAUGAGCCAUUGACCCCGAAUCAUUUGUUGUUGCUUCGUAAGAACCCAAGUCUGCCACCAGAGAUCUUUGUGAAAGAAGACUGCCAUCUACGGAGACACUGGCGCCAAGUCCAGUACCUAGCAGGGCAGUUUUGGACCCGAUGGGUCAAGGAAUACUUACCCCUGUUGCAGCAACGUCAGAAAUGGACUAGACCAAACAGAAACUUUGAAGUCGACGAUCUGGUUCUAGUGGUCAACGAAAGUACCCCUCGUGGACAGUGGCCCAUCGAAAGAGUGUUAACGACCUAUCCAGACAAGCGUGGCCUUGUAAGACAAGUAGAGGUUCGAGUAGGGCCUCGAUAUUACAAGAGGCCAAUUUCAAAGCUGUGCCUCUUGGAAGCCAAUGUAGAGGCUUCUUCCUAAACACAACGAAGGUUGUUAUAUAUGAUGUGAAACAUUUAUAUGUUAUUGUUCAAAGAAUUUCUAACAUUUCUAACUUGCAUGUAUGUCACAGUUUGAAUUGUUUAUGCAAACAGUUUUGACAAGAUUUGUGAAAGUUAAAUGGAUGUUUGUUUUUGCUUUCAGAUAUUUUACAGGUAUCGUCAUUGCGUUAAUGCAUACCAAAUGUUACUGUAAUUCAUUCAUAGUUUAAUGCAUGCCGCUUUAUGGUAAUGUAGAAAAUGAUUUAAGGAUAGGUAACUCAUUUGGGGCCGGAAUGUAGCGGCGCGAAACUUGUAUAGCGCCAUCUGCGGCGUUAAGAAAAUUUGUGCAACAGAAAGCCUAGUCAAAGGCAUCAGACUUGAUGUUUGUUACCAUAGAAUUCAUGACUUUGCUCCGGAUGAACAAAUAGUUGUGAACCGCUAAUUGGAUUGCUGAUUUGCUAAUGAUGAUGAUUCGCUAAUUGGAUUGCUGAAUCGCUAAAUGAAGAUGACUUGUUACAAAGGAACAGAAAUAAAGAGAAAUAAGAACUCAACAAGUCGUUGCAACGUUUCCUUUAUUGGCGC